AACUGCUGAUAGCUGAUUGUGUUGUGUUAAGCCUAGAUUCAGAUUCAGAUUCUUAUUUAUAGUAAAUGUUGUUCUGGUGCGUAUUGGCACUGGGUAGAAAUCAAAGUUUUAAACAGUUUGGACAAUGCUUACAAAAUAAGAUGUAAGGAAUUGUUGCCUGUUUUAAAUAUCCUGUUGUCUUCAGACGAACUCACUUUGUUAACAGUUUUGUAAAACCUGUAAGAUGGAUCACAAAUUCCGUCGAGAACCGUCAUGUGUGUUAUGUUCACUACAGUUUAGUUUUAAAGAUCCCACAAACCCAAUUGGAGGGAAAUGCCCGUUACUGUUGAAAUGUGGUCACUCUGUGUGUGAGGGCUGUAUGAGGUCUGUCACACGUGGCAGUACCUCAGUCACAUGUACGAUCUGCUCUCAAGUCUCUGAAGCCAAUAAGUUCAGAAACCAAGAAGAACUCCGUGAAGAAUUUCCACUAAAUAUAUAUUCUGUUGGACAAGUCGCAUUGAAACGAAGUGGAAAACAUAAGCCGAAAGAUCAACUCAUUGGGUUCUACAGUCAGAAAAAACAAAUGAAUUCUGAAACAGUGUUAUGUGGAGAGUGUGGCGAGAGAGCUGCUGACUGCUCUUGCCUACAGUGCGAUGUCCAUUUCUGCACCCGUUGUUUCACUCGGAUUCAUGAUAGUUCAGUGAUUCUUCGGAAACAUGAAAAAGUGGAUAUAAAAGGAAAUUAUAAAGCUAAACAAAGAUGCUUUUUGUAAAGAGCACAAAGACCGAUGUCUUCAAAUUUACUGCAAUGAUUGCGAACUGUACUGCUGCAAGGAUUGUGUAUUCUCAGCUCACCUUGGACAUUCAUGUGUUGAAGUCGAACAGAAGAAUGUCCGAGGUUCUGGAAAAAUUUUCUGAAGCAUAUGAUGAAGCCAACGCUGUACUGAAACAGUUGUACCACACACACGCAAGGUAAGUGAUUUUCACAUAAGUUUUAAA